CCCCCGCCAUUUCCCGAAGCCCGCGAUUCCGAUCGGCGUGGCUUUCCUUUCUGUAUUGUUGAUCGGAGAUAUUUGUUGCUCGUGCAGGAUUAAUACUUCUCAUUUUCAUGGGAUUUCGGCGGCGUUCUCUGCAGUUCUUUUUUCAAGAUUUCGUUAAAUUGUCGCAACUCGAUUUCGUUAAAUUGUCCUUGGAACUGCUACUUAUUCAAUUCACAUACAACUUGCAGUAGUAUGUGAAAUGCUGUUGUUCUCGAGCAGACACUGUGACUACGAGGUUGAGCGUUGUCUUCUAUAGCCCUUUCAUUGCACUUAAAAGGUCUCUUUUCGAUUACUUAGUGUUUUGGUGAAGUCGCCCGUACUGUGAUUUCUUCCUGUUCGCGUGCGCAGAUUUUGAGGUCCGAGGUGAAAUGUUGGAGUAAUGUUCGAAUGAUCUGGAUGGAACUAUUUUUUGAAUGAACAUUUGUGAGUUAUACCACCGGUUAGCUGAUUUUGUGAAGACCUGAGUAAUAUCAACAUCGAAGCGUAGCUAUUGUCGCUCUUCAAUAAUCUUUGUUCGGCAUCUUGUUCCGUGAUCUAGUCUUCGGGUGAGAUUUUGGUCUUGAUAUGAAGUCCUUCUCUCAUUUAGUUCUAAGAAUCUUAAGAUUGCCCCGCAGGAUCUAAAUUUAGUGAAUUCGAGAGAACUCCGAGCUAGUGAGGGUCCUGACCAUUUUUAGCUCCCGACUGUCCCUUUUCGGGGGUGAGGUUCUGAUAAGUUUCUGUAGAGAACCUAUCAUGAUUUUCCAAGUUUCGGUUCUGAAUCCCAAUAACUCUUUUCUCCCCCAUCUUGGUAUCGAAAUCAAUUUGUAGAUGCUGGUUAUUGUUAGCAAAGCAUUCAUUGAAGUUAGGCAGGACAUACUUAUUUUUGUGACCCAAACCUACUCCUGCUCAUAUGAUAUUGAUGUGUUUAUACCAUGAGGAUAAUGAGAGACUACAUGGCUCGAAAGUCCAAGAAGAGAGUGCAACUGGCUUAGGAGGAGAAUGAAAUUUGCCAAGGCGAUGCAGAUGCUAGUAUUGCUGCAAUUGCUUGUGCUGUUUGGAAUUAUGGACAACUCCGUCGCAGUAAACGCAGAGACAGGGUUUGUAAGUUUUAUGUGCGGAGCUUCUUCAGAUUAUUUCUCUCAAAGUGACGGCAUCUCCUGGACUAGUGAUGCUGCUUAUGCUCCACCAAUCAGCAAAGCUUUCAGCUUACCGAAUCAAGCAUCGCUCCUUACGCUGCGGGCAUUUCCUCCCGAUGCGAGCAGCCCUUCAGGAAGGAGCUGCUUUAGCAAUCUUGUUCCACCUAGCCUAAGUCUUGUGCGAGCGACUUUCGCUUAUGGAAAUUACGAUUCUCUCAAUAAACCCCCAGUAUUUGGAGUUUCAAUCGGAGCGACAAUGUACAGCACGAUCAACUUAAACGUGCAAGAUCCUUGGGUUGAGGAGAUAAUUCUGAAUGCCGACCAGGAGCAGGCAUUUUGCCUUAUUGCAAUGGAUGGAAUUCCAGUAAUUUCUCUGCUCGAGUUGCGUCCACUUCCACCAAGAUCGUAUAAUCGUGCAAGCUCCUCCCUAGGAGUAGCCCUAAAGAAAGUCUACCGAAUAGACUGUGGGUCAGAAGCUAUGAAAAUUACGAGGUAUCCAGACGACAGAUACGACAGAAUAUGGGAUCCUGAUCAUUACUACCUUGACGGAAGCACCACGAGUACUCAUUCAAUAUCACGCAAAUUGAAAACAUCAGCAGUGACUGAUGAUUGUCCCUUGAUUGUGCUGCAAUCUAAUCGCUUUAAUUAUCACAAUCAGACACUAUCAUAUUCCCUUCCUUUGUCCAAACCGAAUGGGAAGUACCUAAUGAACGCAUAUUUUGGAGAACUCUACAAUACAACUGGUCCGACAUUCAUCAUGACUGUAAAUGGGGCAGUUUUAACAACAGUGGUCGGAUGGCCUCCUCUCUCUGGUGCUGAGUUCACAGCGACUCAGGCCGCAAGCUCAUGGUGGAACAUCUCGCUUCUCCCAGUUAUAGGGGCUCCUCAGAUCAAUGGUCUCGAAGUUUACGAAAUCAUACAGUUGAUGCAUGUUUCUAAUCAGCGAGACGCCAGAGCGCUGAAUUUAAUUGAGCUGAACUUCAAUAUUCAGAAUGUACUGCUGGAUUGGGCACUAGGUAGUGAUCCAUGCUUUCCAGUUCCAUGGAGAGGAGUCAUUUGCAAUACGGUAGGCGUGGUUACCUCUCUCAGGGAUCUUUCCAACUCGCAACUAUCAGGUGACGUUGCAGGCCUAUUUCAAGAUUUCACUAGUCUUGAAUCUUUAAAUGCAAGCGGCAACAAUCUAGUGGGACAUGUCCAAAAUCUCACAAAACGUUUUCAAAGCCUGAGAGAUCUAGACCUGAGCGAUAAUCAACUUUCAGGAACCCUGGAUGUAUUUGCAACCUUGAAUCUCCAUUAUCUGAACAUUGCCAACAAUCAAUUCUCUGGGCCCUUACCAGGAAGAUUGACCCAGCCCGGCUUGGUGGUUAUCACGUCAGGAAAUCCUUGCAUUCAAUACGGCAGUACAGACCCCUGUGUUCCAUCAUUGGCGAGUUCCACAGUACCUCAAUCUGUUGAAAGAAAUGCCAUAAGAAGCUCCAAACACUACUCGAAGUCGGUGAUUACAGGAGUUGUAAUGGGAAUCAGUGCUGCCGUGCUAGCAAUUGCAGCUGCCGGGUUCACAGGUUGUCGUCGCUACAAACUAAAACGCGAAUUAAUAAACGCGUUUCAAGAAGCGGGGACGGUUAAUAUUCUGGAAAAAGAGCUGACACUCGGAAAGAACGCUAAGAGAUUUUCCUUUCUAGAACUUGAAAAUGCGACCAAUCGAUUUAAACAAAUCUUAGGUGAAGGUAAUCUAGGUCUGGUUUUCCGAGGUAGGUUACAAGAUGGGACGGAUGUCGCCAUCAAAAUGCGGGCAGACGGUUUACAACUCGAUGCUGAUUCUUUUUUGAAUGAGGUUUCAUUGCUGUCGAAAGUGCGCCACCAGAAUCUGGUGCUGCUGAUAGGAUUUUGUCUAGAGUGCAAAAAGCAACUGCUGGUCUUCGAGUUCAUGUCUGGGGGUUCGCUCAAAGAUCAUUUAUACGGUCCUCUUUCAAAGAUACAACCGAUGAGCUGGGAACAAAGACUAACUUCAGUUAUUGGGGCAGCCGUUGGACUUGAGCAUCUGCACCGUGGUUGUGAAUUUAAUAUUAUCCACAGAAACGUAAAGAGCUCCAACAUCUUGCUAGGACCCAAUUAUUUUUCCAAGGUCGCUGAUUUUUGUCUCUCGAAGCCAGCUAGCCAUAACGAAAAGUCCCUUGUUGGAGGCACGGCAGGGUACCUUGAUCCUGAGUACUUCAACACGUCUCAGCUGACUGAUAGGAGCGAUGUAUUCAGUUUUGGGGUUGUUCUCAUGGAGAUCUUGUGUGGAAGAGAACCUCUUUCCAGCGAUAGCACUCCUGAAGAGUACAAUCUUGUCGCAUGGGUUCGACCAGCUCUACAAGAUGAUAUUCCGAAAGGAGACACCUCAGUGGUCGACAAAGCGUUAAGAAACCAGUUCGUUCUGCAGAGUCUGGCUAUUGUGGCUAACGUAGCUCUCCAAUGCACUGAGAAAGAGGGGGCAAACAGGCCGUCAAUGACGCAGGUGGUAAGGGAGCUAAGACGGGCCGCAGAUAUUGAACUUUUGCUGCCGACCGGCAACAAAGAUUCUUCUUCUCAUCAAUCGCUACAAUCUACCUCGGGAACCACAACUAAACAUAAAACCUAUCAUUCCGCAGAAUUAUACCCCACGCGUUCUAAGAACAUAUCUCAAAUCAGAUGAAGGUUGGCUGCAGAAGGACAUACUUGGGAUGCGUUUUAGAAACAGUACCAACAUAUUAAACAGUACGGUACAUAUCUUAACUCUCGAUAUUUGGUGAUGAUCUAUCUCCAACGCGAUGGAUCCUAGAUACAGCAAUGUGUUCGUCAGUAGGACAGAAGUCAGCCAAACCCAAUGCCAUGAUCCAUAUCUAGGCAUAAAUCAUUCCUGUCACAACAAUAUAGGAGGCGAAGUGCGCAGAUGGAGGAUUCAUCUGAAGGGCGAUCAGUGUAUGUUAUCACUCUUGUCCCGAGUAAAGGUUAGAAUGCGAAAAACAUCACAAAGCUCAAACGCAA